AUGGGUUUUGUAUUGACAUUGGUAGUACUGUCACUUUAUCCUUUUCUUUUUAUGGCUGCUCCACAACAACCAGAAAUAAACGAUCAAUAUGAAGUAUCGCAAAAAUCAGACACAAUAAACCUACCAAAAUUCUCUUACCUCUCUGAGGAAAUAGAGAUUUCCAAAGAUAAAAGGCUUGAGCAAAAUCUACAGCCCGUUAAACCUACAUUGAAGAUAACUUAUCAGAUUUUUCAUAUUCUGACUGCACCAAUCGGAAAACUUCUAACGGAACCAAAAGUUCUGAUGGUUCUGAAGAAUAUUGGUACAUGUAUAGUUAAUGGAGUGAUGGAGAUUAUUUCGUAUUAUUUCCCUGCUCCAUUAAUGCCUUUAAUAGCGACUGCAGCAGGCAUGUUGAUACCUUUUGAACCCGUAGUGACGUUACGCCGAAGAAUGCCUGUCACCAGCUACAGAAGAGCUAUAAAAACAGCUGUAAACAGCUUUUUGGACACCUUCGGUUCAUAUAAAGUGCAUGAUUUUGAUGACGAUCCUUAUAUGACUAGACGGUUCAAUAGAAGAUUUUUAAACGGAGUAUCGGAAGAGAAGCGUAAACAGUAAAACUGUAUAAACAUUAC